AUGGCAGGGUUUUGGCUUGUUCGACAGGCAAGUUCACAUUGCUACCCUUGUGAUACUCGCGACAAGAAAGUUAAUACCGAAGAAAAGGCUACUCAAAGACCCAACCCAGCGACUUGUCUCGUCUACGGCACACAGCCGUGGCUAUCAAUCCGGAAGGACGCAGCAGUUCGCGGUCAUCAAAAGAAUGACGCUCGGCCCAUCGUGCUAGACGUCGGAUCGGGAGACUGCCGGUGGGCUACCGAUUUUGCUCGCCAGCACCCCGAGACCAUCGUAUACGCUGUGGAUGUGAGCCAGCAGCAAGUGCCUAGAGACCUGCCCUCUAAUUGCAUCUUCGUCCCCGUCGACUUCAACCAAGAUUGGGCUAGUGCUAUGCCUUCCUUUGGAGAACUAGAUUACAUUCACGCCCGAGAUCUCGGCAGCAGCAUACCGCGCCUGCGCUCGUUCAUCAGAUCCGCCUACGCCGCUCUGAGGCCCGGCGGCUUCUUCGAGAUGCAAGACUUCGACGAGCCGAAGAAGCUCGGGCCGGGCCAGUCGCACUGCUUGGACCAGGUCAGGUGGGCAAUCGAGGACGACCUCGAGGAGAACGGCAUAUCUUGGUACAACGUGCCCCGGUAUCGAAGGUGCCUGGAGGACGCCGGGUUCGAGCCGGCAACGGAGACCUGCGAACUGAUGCCGACGACUCCGUCCUGGCCUGGAAACGAGGCGACAGACAGGCAGCGGGGAAUGGCGUCGCUCUACCAGCAAAUGAUCCAAGCCGGCCUGCUGGAGAACCAAUACCAAGGCUGUUCCCAAAGCUCGCAGGCCUGGUCGACGGAUGAUCUCAACAGGAUCAUGGCUGGCGCCAAGAAGGAGAUGCUUGACAACGAGCUGAAAAUCGCGUAUCAGUUGAAGAUUGUGUGGGGUCGCAAGCCUCUCGGCAAGGAGGCGUCAACGAGCAACAGGACCGGCGACGAAGCUCUUAGUGCGGAGGAUGUUGACGUGUUGAGACGGAUGAUUAGGCUUCUCGGCUCCAAGCUUUAG